GGAAGAAAGGCAGGCUAGCAUACUGUGCAAUGAAAAUCAGCACCAUGAUGUUCCUAAGAAUUACAACAUCUCCAUGGGAAGCCCUCGUGAAACCAGAGAAGAUUCCGUAAUUUCGGCAACGUCGAAAAAAGAGUAACUAUGGAUGGCAGUUCCCCAGAAACUGAUGCAGCAACCCUGAACAUGCCCACUAGCGCUGUUCCUUCUGGUGUGACAGAAGAGGACGUCACCAUUACUGCCCUUGAUGCAGAUGUCAGAAGCUUGAGCAGCUCUCUCUUAUGUGUGACUGACGAUUUGCGGGUUGUCCGCUGCUCAUCAGUUUGUGAUGAGAAAAUCCCCAAGACGCUCACAGAUAAACCUCAGGUAGACAGUAUAUUCACAGAUUAUCUGUUCGACCCAAGACUGUCGCCUAUUCGCCCUAUUGAAGCUAAACCUCUGGGUGGUGACCAUGGACAAGAGGAGAAAUGCUGGCUGGAGGUGGGCGAGAAGACGUAUGAGGAGCUGGUUUCGGGAAUAUCAGCCAUGUGUGAAACUAACCAUGAAGAUGACUCUGUGUUUGAGAAAGACUUGGAUUUACCAGCCAAGCUUCACAGCAGCUGCACAGUUGUCUCUUCAACUCCUGAUCUCGAAAUGCUUAAGAAGGACAAAUUCAAAACAUUAUUUGAUGUCAAGGAUAGUGAAAAAUAUCCAGGGCACAGACAUUUACCAUUUGCUGAUGUGGACUUCUCUGGGAGAGGUUCAAGACGAGCUUCUGCAAGUUGUCCACCUAGUUUCAUUGCAUCUUCUUCGCACUCUGUCAUCAUUGGUCAGCCUGGUAGAUUUAAGGAUGUUGAUGUGAGCAGAGUGACUGAUACAGAUGCUACCAUAUUGGAGGAAAUCAGUGAUACAGGACCGGAUGUUUUGGGUUUGGAUGAGUUCACCACCAUUGUAGACUCAGAGGAUGAAGACAUGUUACUUAUGACUAUUGAUGAAUGGCAAACUGUACUCCAUAACUCCAAAGAAUGUAGCAAAAUCUUAGAAGGUAAACUUGCCAAAGAGAGUGUCAGUGAGGACAUUGAAAAGGGGAAGAAGAGAAAACCUUCAGAAGCAUUUGUCAUAGAUCUGCAAAAAAACUUUAAUGAGGUCCAAGAGUUUAUGGUCAGUGAAACUGUUCUGGAUGUUGGAAAACAGAUGAGCUCUUCUAAUCUGAGUAAGAAACAGAAAACAGAAACUACAUUGUGUGAAACUACAGCAGGUGAAGAUGAUAUACGAGCGAUUGUAAGAAAACAAAUUGCUGAUAUGGUCAGAGAAGUGUCCCAGAUAAAUGAUGCAGAAAAGUUAAAGUUGACUGAUGAAUAUUUACAAAGGGAACAAACGGAUGCUCCUCCAGAAGUUGCCUCAUCAGAUGCAGUAAAGCCUUCUCCAAAGAAAUGUGUUUUCGGCAAAGAAGGAGAGACGACAACCUCACAGGAUUCUCACACAAGUGAGGACGACAGCCAGUACAAAGUGUCUUUACAAGUAUUAGAAGAUGACAGUAAUGCUCGUGUUCACGCCAGUGAAUGCGCUGAUUCACUACUAAUACAACAGUCAGGAUCUGUCAGCCUAGAAAGGCAACAGACAGGACAGGGAAUCAAGGUUCUUCUUUCAAAUGAUCGAGCACCAGCCUCGUCCACACUUGUGCUGCCAGCUACUCCUACUACUGAAGUUUCAGUCAUUCCUGUCUUAUUUUCUCCUGGGGCAACAAUACCCUGUUUGGAUGUGUCUUUGCAGUCAAUCCCUCUUCCGCCAUCACCCAACAAGGACGCAGUCACUGGUUCUCACAUGGAUCAAGUGAAUUCUAUUGAAAGCACCAGCAAUACUGUGUUGUCUGCUGUGCACAAUGAAAGCACUUCAGGCUCUGCACCCAUUCCAGUUAUUGUCUCACCUGCCCAGAAACCUGAAUUGAAUGAAGAACAACCUAUUCUCCCUGACCCUUUUCAAAGUAACGCUCUUUCACCAGCUAACAAAACAAAGCCACCACCUAAGGCUUGUGGAAAGAUUGUCGAAUUGUCUGAACAAAAUGAGGAAUGCAGAGGGAAUAGUAAUCUGGUUAAUGAGGUAAGACCAUCAGAUCAGUCGAGCAGACAAGUCGGUACAGUAGACGUUUCAAAUGAAAAGUCUAGGAAGACUCUCGGUGUACCUAACAAGCCUCUGUCUGAGCUUUCAAAUUUACCACGCAAAUCCGCUGAACAAAAUUCAGGUUUUUUAUCAGAGGAUAAGGCAGCCCAUAUCCUACCCAAGGUUCAAAGUUCACCUCUUAAACAGAUAGCAAAUCUUGACAUUGAAAAUAUAGUUGAAAAGUUGUCACCCCUAAAAAGAAAAGCCAGCCCAAGUAAGGUGGUUAGUUCAAUUCUGAAUGUGUCUAGUCAAAGAGCCAAAGUGUUCAAAUCUAGUGAUGAUGCAGGUCAUACUUUGACUACAGAUAAGACACAAGGACCCAAAAUUAUGAGCCCUGCAUAUAAAGUUGAUACUGGCCCACACGUGUGUGCCAGCAAAGAUUCAUCUCCUAAAGUUACUUCUCUUAUCUCAUUAAGUACCUCAGUACUAACCAGUGCACUUUCAAAGCAGAGUUCAACUGAUCUCAGAAACCUCGACCAGUCUGUUGACCCAAAAGGUAAGAUUUCGACCUCCACUGCAACAUCAGUUACUAAAGGUAGUCUUAUUUCAACAUCUCUAACUGAGCCUAAAACCGUUAAUGCUGGCAAAAUGGUAGCAUCAAAAGUUAAUGCUAGCACCUUGUCGGCUGUACUAGUAAAAACUAAUGCUCUUUCUGUCAACAAACUCACUGCACCACUAACUUCAUCUUUAGGGAAGGACCUCAUGCAGCCUUUAGCUCCAGUAAAUUGUAACCUUGCUGGCAAAACGUCGGCAAUUCCGGUAUCUUCUACUUCAGGAAAAGGUGUCUUCAAGCGUAAAACCACCGUGAAUAAGACACCAGUGUCGGCAGUUAAGACCUCUCUCAUAACCUCAAACUUGGCAAAGAGUGACGGGCAAGUUACAAAGGUUGCGGAUUCCGCAAAAUUAGUAGAUGUAGGCUCUAGUCCAGAUGUGGCAGAAAGUUCUUCUGAUAAGCAGAAGAAUUUUGAGCUAAAUAAGGGCGAGCUUUCUUUCGCAUCGGAUAAAAAGAAUGGUAAAUCACUUUCUAGACAAACAGUAACCCGUAAUCCUGAUGCAAUCUCUGGGGGUGCAACUAAAGCUGAUAAGCUUUCCCCUGUAGCUUCUACUGCGAAGGUUGUCUGUAAAACUGCUGAUAAGAUUACCUCUCAGCGCCAAAUUAGUUUGGAUAGUGCUAUUCCGAAAAAAGGGUCUAAACCAACAAUCCAACGGCAGGUUAGUUUAGACAAUACCGUGGAGACGACAGUAGACAGGCCCACUUCCAGUCACCAGCUAAAAUCGGUUGCUGUUGUGUCCAAAGCCGAUGAACUGGGUCCCCUAACAAGGAGUGCGCCUCAGUACUUGACAGAGGACAACGCACUUAUUCAGCAGGUUAAAAAGCGCUGGGAUUGCAAAGCCAUACCAUCUCCAGAAACCAAUCUAACAUGUGCAAACUACUGGAGAAGAAAUCAAGCAACGGGCCUGCGGCCACGAAACGCAUUACUUGAGGGAGAUUUCCGAUUCUCGCCAUUAAUAGAGAGAAUGAAGUCAAAGCAACCGGUUCCACCGACUGCCGUGAGGAGCAAUAAGCGAAAACGUCCGGACAAUGACCUAUACCUAAAUCCAUCGGACGGCUACAUGUGGGACGGAAAGCGUGCCAGGUAUGAUCAGCAUGUGGAAUUUACCGGUGAAGUAUCGGCCAGUAUAAAGUUUCAAAUCGAGAAGCUGGAGCAGAACUUUCGGGAGCGUUGUAGGGAGAUUUUUUAUCAAGAGGAAAGGAUGAGAAAUGAGUUGAGCCUGAAACAUGAACUGCAGAUGGAGAAGGUUUCCACUCAGCAGAGGGAGGAGAUGGAGGCACUAUACGUACGUAGCUAUGACCACCGUACUCUUCAUAGGUCCCUUAUGUGGCUACGCCAGCAACAUCAGCUCUAUAUAAAUGAGUUGCAUGAUUUGUACUAUUGUAACGUACAGAGACUUACAGAAGAGACGAAACAGCAGAUUUCUCAUGAAAGGAAAAACUAUUUCGAGAUAGCUGAACAACUGGAACAACUAAUGAACAAAGAGAAGACGAAAUCUUAUCAACACACUGGCCAAAAUGUUACCUACAAAAUGAUCCAUUUGGUGAAAGCCCCUUGUCGCUCAAACAACCAGAAAAAAAGCUGGGUUAAAGUUUAUCUACCAGCGGACGUUGGAUCGUCCAUCAUUCGGGAGGACCUUAUAUAUGACGCAUUCUAUGUGUACUAGGGUUUGUUUACAAAUCCUAUUAUAUAAACAGGCUAAGAAGCUGAAAACGUACGUUAAGAUAUGUUUAAAUGAACUUCUGCUUUCGUUGUCUGAAUGUUAAGACUUUUACCCACGGGAAACCCAUAUACAUUCAACCUAUUAAGCUUAGAGAAAUCUGUGAUGGACCAUCUUAAAAAAGUGGUGUGCAACCCGACAAGCAAGGUAAUACUAGCCUUCAGUUUGUGUUAAAAAUACUACGGCAAAAUUCUGAAAAACUCUUGCAUGUAAGGGCAUGUAGCUUUUUGUUAACGGAGACGAUCGAAUUUGUGCCUUUGAGUAUGAAGUCUAUCGAACAACGAUUGUUUGUGCUAGCACUG